CUCCCUGCCCAGUGCUUCUUUCCCGAAGUUCUAGAAAACUGUGAAAGUGCCGUUAGCAUAAACAAAUCCAGAACUCUCCCAGGACAAAUCAUCUGCCAACUGAAGGAAAGGCCUGGGUUUAUGGUCUCACUCGGAUCCAGAGGUGAAAGCUCUCCGGAGGGACCAGCCGGAUCAGGCAUCAUCGGUGAAUGUCACUGCAGCAAAGGAAGAUUAUCUGAAGAUGCUAUUUGCCUAUUGAGAAUAAUCACAAACAAAAAGAGAAGUGUUGGCUGUGAGGUCUCAGGUGUAGGUGGCCGCUCUUUCCAAUCUUCCCUAAGCAACACUCUUGGCAAUAUCCACACGCAUCUUGGUGAACACACGUAGAUGCUGUAAUUCUUGGAGCCAAUACAGCUAAAGCCUUCAGGACAUGCUUCCCCUCGGGACUUCUUCCCCUCCUUGUAGGAUGAACGAGGAGUUGCCAGAUGAGCUGCUCUUCAAAGACCAUGACUUCUCCUCUGACUUACUGAGGCAGCUCAAUGGCUUAAGGCAAAACAGAAUGCUGACUGAUGUGAGCAUCUGUACCGGGACCUGGGAGGUCCCCUGCCACCGAAGCGUGCUGGCCUCCAGCAGCCCUUACUUUAGGGCCAUGUUCUGCAGCAAUUUCCGGGAGAGAAGCGAGGCCAAAGUCCAGCUGAGGGGCAUCGACCCCCCGACUCUGGACCAAAUCAUCUCAUAUGUGUACACUGGGGAGGUGCACAUCACGGCUGAGAACGUCCUGCCCUUGAUGGAGGCAGCCUCCAUGCUACAGUAUCCCAAGCUUCUAGAGGCCUGCUCCUCCUACCUCCAGAGCCAGCUGACCCCCGGCAACUGCCUGGGCAUGAUCAGACUCUCUGAAAUCUUAAGUUGUGAGAGCCUCAAGAAGAAAGCCAGGGAGGUGGCCCUGACGUGUUUUCCAGAGGUGGCUGCCUCGGCUGACCUGAAGGAGCUCUGCGUCUUGGAAUUGAGAGACUAUCUGGGGGAAGACGGGCUCUGUGCGGAGGAGGAAAAGGUGUUCGAGGCCCUCAUGGUUUGGAUCAAGCAUGACCUCCAGGCCCGGAAGCGACACAUGCAGGAGCUGUUCAAGCAGGUCAGGCUUCAGUACAUACACCCGGCCUUCUUCCACCAUUUCAUUGCCAACGAUGCCCUCCUUCAGUCCUCGCCCUCUUGCCAGACCAUCCUGGAGAUAGCCAAGAGGCAGAUAUUUGCUUUGCACAGCACCACUGGUGCUCCGGACCUCCAGCCUCCGUGGCAUGUUCCCCCAAGAACCUCUUACCAAGAUUUCCUCAUCCUCUUGGGCGGAAGGAAGGAUAGCCAGCAGACCACCAGGGACGUUCUGCUCUACAACAGACAGACUGGCCAGUGGCACAGCCUUGCCAAACUCCCAACCCGGCUGUACAAGGCCUCUGCCAUCACCUUGCACCACAGCAUCUAUGUGCUGGGAGGCAUGGCCAUCGGCGCGGGGAAGAACGCACCCAGCCAUGACGUCUACAUCUACUCCCUGAAGCUCAAUCAGUGGAGGCUGGGGCAGCCCAUGCUAGUCUCCCGCUACUCGCACAGAAGCACUACCCAUAGGAACUUCAUCUUCUCCAUUGGGGGGAUUGGAGAAGGGCAGGAGGUCAUGGGCUCCAUGGAGAGAUACAACAGCAUCUUGAACAUCUGGGAGAGUAUGGCCAGCAUGCCAGUGGGGGUUCUCCACCCUGCAGUCGCUGUGAAAGACCAAAGGCUCUACCUUUUUGGGGGAGAGGACAUCAUGCAGAAUCCUGUACGCCUUAUCCAGGUUUAUCACGUUUCCAGAAACACAUGGUUCAAAAUGGAGACAAGAAUGAUCAAGAAUGUGUGCGCCCCUGCAGUGGUGCUGGGGGAGCGGAUUGUCAUCGUGGGAGGUUACACAAGGAGGAUCCUUGCUUAUGACCCUCAAUCCAACAAAUUUGUCAAGUGUGCAGACAUGAAAGACCGGAGGAUGCACCAUGGGGCCACGGUGAUUGGGAACAAGCUCUAUGUAACGGGUGGGCGGAGACUGACCACAGAUUGCAACAUCGAGGACUUAGCUUCCUUUGACUGCUAUGACCCUGAGACGGAUACCUGGACAUCCCAGGGACAGCUUCCUCACAAACUCUUUGACCACGCCUGCCUCACGCUCCAGUGCAUACCCCACACUCCCACCUUCUCAUGAAGUCGGCAAUAAAACCAUUGGUCUUA